AUGCUGCUCGGAGCGUCCUGGCUGUGCGCGUCCAAGGCGGCCGCGGCUGCUGCGCAGAGCGAGGGCGAGGAGGACAGGCCCGGUGAGCGGCGGCGGCGGCGGGCGGCGGGCGCGGCCGCGGGGUCGGACGAGGACAUGGACGAGUCGUCGCUGCUGGACCUGCUGGAGUGCUCUGUGUGCCUGGAGCGCUUGGACACCACGGCCAAGGUGCUGCCGUGCCAGCACACCUUCUGCCGCCGCUGCCUGGAGAGCAUCGUCUGCUCGCGCCACGAGCUGCGCUGCCCCGAGUGCCGCAUCCUGGUGGGCUGCGGCGUGGACGAGCUGCCGGCCAACAUCCUGCUAGUACGCUUGCUGGACGGCAUCCGCCAGCGGCCCCGCGCGGGCGCAAGCCCCGGCGGCAGCCCUCCCGCGCGCCCUGGCCCCGGCCCCGGGGCGGUCCCCGCGCUCGCGGGCGGCGGGGGCGGCGCGGCGGGCGGCGCCCCCGACUCCCAGGUCUUCCGCCCCGAGGCGUCGGGCAGCGCCACCGUCAGCCUGCGCGAGCUGGCGACCAGCAGGAGCGUGCCGGUGGCAAAGCGUCCAUGCCUCCUUCCCUACGGCAAAGCCCUCUACAGCUAUGAGGGGAAGGAGCCUGGUGACCUCAAGUUUAACAAGGGGGACAUCAUCAUCCUGCGGCGCAAGGUGGAUGAGAACUGGUACCACGGUGAGCUGCAUGGCACACAGGGCUUCCUCCCGGCCAGCUACAUCCAGUGCGUCCGGCCCUUGCCUCAGGUCCCGCCGCAGGGCAAAGCACUUUAUGACUUUGAGAUAAAGGACAGAGACCAAGACAAGGACUGUCUGACGUUCACCAAGGAUGAAAUUUUGACUGUGCUCAGAAGAGUGGACGAUAACUGGGCAGAAGGCAUGCUGGGCGACAAGGUCGGGAUCUUCCCCCUCCUGUACGUGGAGCUCAAUGACUCUGCCAAGCUGCUCAUGGAGAUGGACAAGCCCUGCCCAGCUGCUGCGUCUGGUUGCGACACCUUGCCCUCUGUCCCCAGCGUGGUGGCCAGUGUGGCCCCAGCUCCUGCUGUAAGCAGCUCGGGGGCGGUCAGUGCCUUUCAGCGGCGUGUGGAUGGCAAGAAGAAUACCAAGAAACGCCACUCCUUCACUGCGCUUGGUGUGACACACAGGUCCUCGCAGGCUGCCAGCCACAGGCAUUCCAUGGAAAUCAGCGCCCCGGUUUUGAUCAGCUCCAGCGAUCCCCGUGCUGCGGCCAGGAUUGGAGACCUUGCUCAUGUGUCGUGUGCUACUCCUGCCCAGGACUCCCCUUCGACCGGAUCUGCCCCCACGGCCGUCCCACGAGCUGGCACAGCGGCUGCAGAGCAGGGCACAUUUCCCAAAGCCCAGCUGCCCCUCAACGUGUACCUGGCGCUCUACGCCUACAAGCCUCAGAAGAACGACGAGCUGGAGCUGCGCAAGGGUGAGAUGUACCGGGUCCUGGAGAAGUGUCAGGAUGGCUGGUUCAAGGGCGCGUCCCUGAAGACCGGGUUUUCUGGGGUGUUCCCAGGAAACUAUGUGACUCCCGUCUCCAGGGUUCCUGUAGGAGGAGCUGGGCCACCCCGGAAUUCUGUGGUUGGAGGGUCUCCUCUGGCUAAAGGGAUGACCACAACCAUGCACCCAGGUGGGGGAAGUCUGAGUAGCCCGGCCACAGCCUCCAGGCCCGCCCUCCCCCUCACUCCUCAGGCCCACGCCCAGCACCCAGCAACAUCUCCACAGAUGGGCAGUUGUCUGCGGCACUCGGCCCAGCCGGCCACCAGCCAAGCCCGGAGCCCCAUCACAGCAGCCACCCACCCCUUAGCCCAGGCUCAGGACCGACCAACUGCUACCGUGUCGCCCCUGCACACUCAGAACUCUCCGUCCCGCCUGCCCGCCACCAGCCUCAGGCCCCACUCCGUGGUGUCCCCCCAGCACAGUCAACAGCCCCCGCUGCAGUUUGGCCCCCGGCCAGCCAUCCCGCUCACAUCAGCAGCAUCAGCCAUCACGCCUCCCAAUGUUAGUGCCGCCAACCUCAACGGGGACGCCGGAGGAGGGCCCAGUGGUGGCCUGUCCACAUCCAGCCCCACCAACACAGGAUGCAAGCCAGACGAGAAGAAAAACGAAAAGAAAGAGAAGAAGGGCGGGCUGCUGAAACUCCUGGCUGGGGCAUCCACCAAGAAGAAGCCACACUCCCCGCCAGCUGUCUCUCCGACCCACGACCCCCAGGUGGUGGUGGAUGCCUUGCUGCAGGGCGCAGUGGGCCACGAAGUGUCCUUGCUGUCUGUCCAUGGCAGGGCAGGGUCCUGCCCCAUAGAGAGCGAGAUGCAGGGGGCGAUGGGACUGGAGCCACUGCACAGAAAGGCGGGCUCCUUGGAUCUGAACUUUUCGUCCCCUGCCCGGUACGCACCUCUUUCCAUGGCUGCCAUCCGCCCUGAACCCAAGCCACUGCCCAGAGAGAGGUACCGCGUGGUGGUCUCUUACCCUCCCCAGAGCGAAGCAGAGAUUGAACUGAAGGAAGGCGACAUUGUCUUUGUGCACAAGAAACGCGAGGACGGCUGGUACAAGGGGACCUUGCAGCGGAACGGCCGCACUGGUCUCUUUCCAGGCAGCUUUGUGGAGAGCUUCUGA